AUGGCUUCCUUGGACCCUACUUUACAAAAGCAGCAUGAAGGAAAGAAAACUUGCAAGGAGAUCUUGAAAAGCCUUAAGGUUUUGUACGAAGAACGUAAUCGUAUUGCACGUCAAAACGCUAUGAGCGGUUUGAUGAACACCAAGAUGGCUGAAGGUACACCACUUCAGGCCUACGUUCAUAAGAUGAUAAGGUACAUAAAUGAAUUAGAAUCCUUAGGAACCGAGCUAGAUAAUGAAUCAAAAAUUAAUGCAAUUCUUGUUUCACUUCCUCGAUCCUUUAAUCAGUUCAAAGUGAAUUUUAGUAUUCAAGAACCAAAUCUUACUUUGCCAGAACCGAGCAAUAUGUUGCAGAGGGUUGAGGAUAUUAUGAAGCAAGAUAAGGUCAUAGUGAUGGUUACAGAAACUGCUAGACCGUCUAACUAUAAGAAAAGAAAGUUUUCUUACAAGAAAAAACCAGCAAAAGGAAAGAAAGUUUCCAAGAAAGAAAAGAGGGAUCAGACUGUUGAUGAAUGCUUCUUUUGUAACAAGAAGGGGCAUUAG